AUGAAUUUAAAAGAUUCGCUGCUGAUAGGUAUGUAUAAUUAUGGACUUACAAUUCCAAAUUCUAUUCAAAAACAAGCCAUAAAGCCUAUAAUCGAUGGCUAUGAUAUAAUCAUACAAUCACAUUUGGAUACUGAUAAAACUACUUUUGUAAUUGGUAUAUUACAAAGACUAGAUACAAACCUUGCAACUUGCCAGUCUCUUAUAAUAGUUCCAACAAGGUUUUUAGCUUCUCAAUUAUCUAAUGUUUUUAUGGUUAUUGGCGAUCAUUUAAAUAUACAAUGUCAUCUCUGUAUUGGUGGGACAAAUGUUCGAGCUGAUAUUGAGAAAUUAGAUACAGCCCAAAUUGUCAUUGGUACCCCAGGAAGAGUUCAGGAUAUGCUUACGCGGAAUGCUUUAAAAUCAUCUCACAUUAAUAUGAUUGUUUUGGAUCAAGCUGAUCUACUGCUUUCAAAUAAAUUAAAAAUAACGACAGAACAAAUAUUGAAAUGUCUUCCUUCUAAGACUCAGAUUAUCAUAUUAUCUGCCACUAUGCCUGCCGAAAUCUUGCAACCCGCAUGUCAACUCGUGAAACAGGAUUGCAUCAAAAUAUUUUCGGAAGAAGCGAUAACUUUGGAUAAGUUGGAACAAUUUUACAUCAGGGUUGAGGAAGAUUGGAAAUUCGAAACACUUGAUUAUUUAUUAAAAAAUAUGGAUAUAUUCAACAACAAUAUGAUUAUAUUCUGCAACACCACUAAAAAAAUUAACUUUAUCUUGACCAAGUUAAAAGAAAAAAAUUAUGUUGCAACUGCCCUGUACUCGAAUAUGGAUCAACAAAAAUGUGAAAUAGCUUUACAAGGGUUCAUUACCGGUUCUACACAUAUUUUACUGUGUACGGAUUUAAUAACGCAGACUAUGCAAAGUGGAAUCGUGGUCUCUUUCAUCCUCAAUUACGACUUUCCAUAUAAUAAGAAAAGAUAUUUUCAUAGGGCAAAAUGGGCCACUAGAAAAUUCGGAGAAGUAAUUGGCAAAGUAAUUAACCUUGUUAGCAUCCGUGAUAUGCCUAAAAUGAAAGAGAUCGGGUCCUAUUGCCAUGCUAAAAUUGUUGAAAUGCCAGGAAUAGAAAUACCAAAAAAUGUAACUUCAUUCUUAGAACCAAACUCACUAUUAAACGUCGAAAAGAAAAUUGCAGACCCCGCGAAUCCACCUAUAGUCACCAAAUCCUUAUUGACCAGGAAAGAUCUUAUCAAAUUGUCCAAAAAAAUUAUGGAUAAAGUGAAACACGUGCUCAACGACACAUCCAAACCAAUCCCAGCAAGGGUUCAACAUGAUGCCCAGUUUCUUAAUGCUACAAUACAAGAAUUAAGCGAAUCAAACUCCUUGGAAUACUUAGAAAUGGUCAUGGAAAGGGCUAAAAGAUUAGCCAAAACACUGUCAUACAAAUGGAACACGCCCAUCACCUACGUUAGCACAGUUUAUAAUAAUUACCCGAUAUGUGAAUCUCGUUUCCAAUCUAGUCCAAAAUGGCGCCGCGGAUUUUUACAGGCAUCAGUGACCCAAUCAGAACACAAGGAGAAAACUUAAACCAUUUUUGCCUAAAUUAUU